AUGACACAAGACGAUAUGAUAUAUACAAUAAUACUUAUAUUGUCCCUGGUUACUGGGCCAUUAGUCCAAAAAUGUGGGAAAUAUCGACCUUGGUUCGCGGCUGUUGUAGGGUUUCUUAUGUUUUUCUGUUUUGCGGGACAAGCUGUAUGGCAUUCACUCCUGACAUCGUCUGUAUUCACAUUGGCCUUUAUUCUUUUUCCUGCAAGAUUUUUGCAUUACGUAGCUGUUGUAUGGUGCUUUGGUUAUUUGGGAUUUUUUCGAACUUGUCACUAUUUCGGAUUCUCUCAGGUUACUCCUGUCGCAAAUAUUGUGCAACUUUUAUUGACCUUACGUUUAAUAGGUGCAUCAUUUGAAAUAAGUGAUAGUUGGCGAAUAAACAAUCAAUUACAAAAUUCUGAUUUGCACCCACAGGAUAAAAGCAAACUUGAACUUCUAAAAAAAUAUAAAUGUAUCGAGCCUUCUCCACUGAUGAUUAUGUUGUAUGCCUAUUGCUAUAUUGGUUUGUUUACAGGUCCAUAUUACAAUCUGAAAACGUUUGAAGACUUUUGCAAUCGGGAUCCUGAAACCGUAAUAACUGCAGAAGAACCUCUUCUUCAACACCUUCAAGAAGCACCUCCAUUCGGUGUAGCUUAUUUAAUACUUUCUCACUUUUAUACUGUUGAUUAUGUACGCACUGCAGAAUUCUAUGAUCGACAUUUCCUGUAUCGAUUUUUUUAUAUGAUGGUUAUUUUCUUUACCUUCCGAAUGCGAAUUUAUUUUGCUUGGAAAAUGUCUGAGUGCGUGUGUAUAUCCGCUCGUUUAGGUGCAUAUCCUAAAUUAUCUGAACCUGAAAAAGGUGAAGGACCAACUAAUCUACAUGCAUUAGAUUUAUACAUGGAACAACAGGCAGCCAAUGAUGUGAAAUUAAACAGCGUUAUAAACCAGCCCAAUCAUCUUCAUCGUCAUCAAACUUCUGACCCUGUCAAUUCUGUUAUUCAUUCCACACUAAAAAAUAAACCGAAUUUUGAAAUGAAGUCAGAGACAAAUGUAAUAUAUAAUUAUAAUACAAUAUCCAACUUAAGUAUAUGGGGAUGUGAAUUCGCUCCUACAGUACGUGAAUCGAUGAAAUCGUGGAAUUGUUCGGUGCAAUUUUGGUUGGCCAAUUAUUUUUAUAGACGUUGCAAAGCUUCACGAAAUAUACGGACAUUAUGGACAAUGAUGGUUAGUGCCUAUUGGCAUGGUUUACAUGCAGGUUAUUAUUUAUCCUUUCUGGUCAUCCCACUUGCAUUAGUUGGUGAGACAAGUCUAAAAAAUUUAAUGAAUUUAUGCGCAAAUAGUCUACCAACUGGUAGUGUGUCAUUUAUUUCAUGGUUAUUAAAAAUGCGUGUCUUUGAAUAUUGUUGUAUGGGGUUUUUAUUAUUAGACUGGGAGACUACCAUUGCUUAUUGGUCCAGUAUUUAUUUUUGUAUUCAUAUAGUUUUAAUUGGAUUGAUUAUUUUCGACUAUUUUCUACGACUUAUAUUACCAGCUAAAGCAUUUAAAAUUGUAUCUUCAUUAGAUUCAUCUACUGUUUCAUCAUUAUCAUCUGAUAUGUUUGUUGUUAAUAAUGACAUAGUUGGUGAUCGAUCAUCAACGCUUCAUUCUCAUCAUCGUCCUAAUUAUAAAUCAAAAAUGUAA